UUGCCUAUCUCAUCCCCCUCGCGCGCUCGCUCGCGUGAGCCGCCGCCGCCGCCGCUGCCCCCUCCUUACCGGAAUGGCGCUGCGCUCGCCGGAGCUUCGCUUCGCUGCCACCUCGGGGCUCGGCGCGCUCUCCCGGCCGAGCCGCCUCACGCCCUCGCCCCUUGCCGCUCUCGCUACUCCGCGCCGACGACGCCGCGGCCCGUCCCCGUCCCCUUCUCCCUCGCCCUCCGACUCCAAUCCAUCGACCGCCUCCGCCGACGACACGGAGGGGCCCGAGUGGAAGAAGGUGAGCGCGAAGAGGUUCGGGUUCAAGGAGUCCAUGAUCCCCGACGAGGCAUGGAACGUCCUCCACCGCCUCCGCAGCAGAGGAUAUGAUGUGUACCUGGUUGGUGGUUGUGUUCGAGAUCUCAUAAUGAAGAAAAUCCCAAAAGAUUUUGACAUAAUAACGACAGCUGAUCUUAGGCAGGUGAAAGACACCUUUACAGGAUCAGCUGUAAUAGUUGGAAGGCGUUUUCCCAUAGUUCAUGUACAUGACAAUAAUUCUAUUGUUGAGGUGUCAAGUUUUAAUACUUACGCUAGAGGGUCAAGUGGCAAUCAAGCACACACUUCAAAGAGCCCACAUUGUAGCAAGAAUGAUUAUAUUCGCUGGAAAAACUGCCAAGGGAGGGACUUCACUAUAAAUGGAUUAAUGUUCAAUCCAUAUUCAGAAAAGAUCUAUGACUACUUGGGGGGCAUUGAAGAUAUUAAGAAAGCUAAGGUUCGUACUGUUAUUCCCGCUGGCACUUCAUUCCAUGAGGAUUGUGCUCGUAUUCUACGUGCAAUCAGAAUUGCAGCUCGAUUAGGGUUUAGCUUUCCCAAAGAAACAGCUUAUUAUGUGAGAACUCUUGCCUGCUCUGUGGCAAGACUUGAUAAGGGAAGAUUACUCAUGGAGGUUAACUAUAUGCUUGCUUAUGGUUCAGCUGAAGCUUCUUUAAGGUUGCUUUGGAGAUUUGGUCUUCUUGAACAUUUAUUGCCUUUUCAGGCAGCAUAUUUUUCUUCAACUCAUUUUAAGAGGAAGGAUAAGGGGACUAACAUGUUACUGAUCCUAUUUUCUAAGCUGGAUAGUUUUCUUGCACCUAACAGGCCAUGCCAUAACAGUUUAUGGAUAAGCAUUUUAGCAUUUCAUGAGGCAUUGGUACGCCAACCACGGGAUCCUUUGGUGGUGGCCACUUUUGCGCUAGCUAUGUACCUCGGAGGUGAUCUGUCACUGGCAGUGGAUAUUGGACAAUCAAUCAACCGCCGACAUGAUGCUGGCUUUUCAGAGCUCUUGGAACCCCAGGUUUGGAGUGAUAAACAUUUAGUAGCUGAAGUGCAAGGACUUGCUACCUCAAUGAGGAGGGCAUUAACUGAAAUGACUGAUGAGUAUUAUGUUGCAAAUGCUAUGGCAAAAAUCCCUCAAGCACCAUCCUCAGAUCUUGUAUUUAUCCCACUACAAGCAUACCUGAAGGUUCUGAAAUUAAUCGAGUGUGUUCAACAUGGAAAAAAGGAGUGUGGUUAUGAACCAAAACGUGAUGGAAAUAUUGAUUAUCACAGUUUGUCUCAUGGUACACCUGCAGAAGUGAGAAAUCUCUUCACACUGGUCAUCUUUGACACGAUAUACCCCCCGAACCUCGAGAAAGAGGAUGACGACAGCUCUUGAAGAUGAGAUUUUCUGUGCACGAUGAAGCAAUACAGGGAUUCGCAAGGGACCUUUGCUGCUUAACAGCUUAUGCUCUGAAGUUCGGGAUGGUUUGCUGCGUAAGCUUCUGGAUCCAAGCUUGAGCUGUUGUAUCAAAUCAGUGCACGAUAGUAGAUCUUAUUGCUGGAUCUGACACUCGGAGAUAACCUCAGCUUUCAUGACCAUGAUUGGUUUAUCAUCAGCCUAUGGUGAGCCAAUCACUGAUGUGGCAACUUGGGUUUUCUGGGGCACUUCUCAGAUUAUCCUGAGACAAUAAAUCUUUUUGAACUGUAAGUACUGUUAAAUUAUUGUUCUGAUUCUCAGAUGAUCUUUUUUACAUUGGUUUUUAAUUGCUAAUACUUCAUGCCAUGCUCAUUAAUGCCAUGUGCUAGUUGGGAUAUAUUUUUGCUAGUAACAAAACUAAUGUUUACUGACUGCUUGCAUAGCCCCUUUUUGUUAUUA